AUGGCAAGCCUUCAAGAAGUCGACGCCAUCCUAGCAGGCAAAUACCCCGCCAAAGCUCACGCCCGCCGCGUCGCCGAGCACAUCCUCUCCAAGAAGUCCGCCACUUCAUCGACAACCAAAGGCAUCAUCUACCUAGAAGGCCGCGCCGACGCCCUCCUAGAAGACACCGACGAGCCCGUCCCCUUCCGCCAGCGUCGCGCCUUCAUGUACCUGAGCGGCGUCGACGACGUUGCUGACUGCGCGCUGAUAUACGACCUCGACGCCGACAAGCUGACGCUCUUCAUCCCGCCCAUCGAUGCCGCAUCCGUCAUCUGGGCCGGUCUGCCGCUGAGCGAGGCCGACGCGCAGACGAAAUAUGAUGUGGAUGAGGUGCUAAGGACGACGGAGCUGAACGCCACGCUUGCGAAGCUGGGCGCGGAGAAGGGCGAGCAGGGCAUGAUUUAUGCGAUUGCGGACCGGGUCGCGGAUAAGAUUUCUUUUCUGGAGUUUGGGGGGAAGGAUUUCAAGGUUUUGGGGGAGGUGGUGGAGGAGUGUCGGGUGGUCAAGGACGAUUACGAGAUUGCGCUCAUUAGGAAGGCGAAUAUUGUGAGUGGGGUGGCCCAUAGAAAAGUGUUGGAGAGCGUACGCAAGGUGGCGAACGAAUAUGAGCUCGAGGGUGUGUUCGUGGGUGAGUGCAUGAGGGGGGGGGCCAAGCAUCAGGCGUACCCGUGUAUAGUGGCCAGUGGUAGGGCUGCGGCGACGUUGCAUUAUGUGCAUAACAAUAAGGAGGUCGAGGGGAAGGAGUUGUUGUUGUUGGACGCUGGGGCGGAGUGGAAGUUGUACGCUUCGGAUAUCACAAGAACCUUCCCCAUCUCGGGCAAGUUUACCAAGCGCUCCCGCGCCAUCUACGACAUCGUCCUCAAGAUGCAAGAAGAUUGCACGGCCGCGCUCAAGGAGGGCGUCCUCUGGGACGACGUCCAUCUGCUCGCACACAAGAUCGCCAUUGACGGACUCCUGGCGCUCGGCGUGCUGAAGGGCGACAAGGAGGAGAUCCUGAAGGCACGGACGAGCACGGCGUUCUUACCGCAUGGUUUGGGGCAUUAUCUUGGCAUGGAUACUCACGAUACCGGCGGUCAUCCCAAUUAUGAGGAUUCGGAUCCGCUGUUUAGGUUUUUGAGAGUCAGGGGACGGUUGCCGGCGGGGAGUAUAAUUACGGUCGAACCUGGUAUCUACUUCUGCGAAUUCAUCAUCCGCCCCUACCUCAAGAACCCGAAGCAUGCGCACUUCAUCGACGAGAAGGUGUUGGAUGAGUACUGGGAUGUCGGUGGUGUACGAAUUGAGGACAAUAUCCUCAUCACGAAAGAUGGCACCGUGAAUUUGACGGAUGCGGUCAAGGAUCCUGAGGAGUUGGAGAAAAUCAUUUCUGGCUCUGGCUGA